AUGGCAAAGCGCUCGGCUGCAAGGCGGGUGGUGCUCGUACUCCCGGGACCUCAGAAAGCCAGGCCUGAAACGGAGGCGCUGGGGAAGAUGGCGGCACCAAACAUGGCGUUAAUCGCUGCCUCCUUGGAGAGAUCCUUCCAGAAUUUUUCGUUGAACAGCGGCGGUGGAGGGAGUAGCAGUAGCAGCAGCGGUGGCGGAGGCGGUGACGGUGGUGGAGGCGGUGGCGGUGGUGGAGGUGGAGGUGGAGGCGGAGUGGAGGAUUCGCCGGUGAGUUUGUCGCCGGAGGUUGCGGCGAUUACGUUGGAACUGAAUUCUGACAGAGCGUUGCCGUUUCAUUGGGAGCAAUGCCUCGAUUUGAAGACGGGGGAGAUAUACUACAUAAACUGGAGGACGGGGAUGAAGGCUACGGAGGAUCCCCGGACGGCGGCGUACUACUCGGAGGAGGAGUACGACAGCAGCGCCUACGGCAGCGACGACGGCGCCGACGACGAAUCGUCGUCGGAAUCGUCUCCGUCUUCGUCGCGCGAGCAAUGGAGCGGUAACAAUAACGAUCCCCAACUUUUACAUCAUAACGCAGAAACCAAUGAAAUUGCUAGCAGAAACAGCAACAGCGAUGAUGCUUCGAAGAACGUGCUGGUUGUGGCGGGAUGCAAGAGCUGUUUGAUGUACUACAUGGUGCCCAAACAGCUCAGCAUUUGCCCCAAAUGCUGCGGUCAUCUCCUGCACUUUGAUGCUGGCUCCUCCUCCUCCUCAUCGUCUUCUUCAUGAAUCCUUUAAUUUUUUUUUUUUUUUUUUCUUUACCUGCUAAAAGAAAUUGAAUAAUUAUUCUGGGAAUUAAUUUGAACUUGUCGAAACUUUAAUUCUUUAGCAAGCAUAACGGACCACAUCUCUGUUCUUGCUAGUGUUUUUUUUUAGCUUUGGGUUGUUUGAUGCUUACUGUUUGUGGCCCUAGGAGUAUCAAUAUAUCAUGAUUCUUGUUGCUGUGAUUCUUGAUCAA